GAUAGAAACUUGGGAGGCCGUCGGUCCCACGAUGCGAGAGGACGGUGUGAGAACUUGCAUGUCCGUCGGUGCACGAACCCGGGGCGUCCACGUGGCAGGAGCCAAUUGGGGUCCCUGACGAGAUUGGCCUUUGCCUGCUUAGUCGAGCUGAGUCGACUUGACUUGUGUCGCGUGAAUAUCGUUAUGUACUGACACGUGUGUGUAUGUGUGUGUUUGUGUGUGAGAGAGAGAGAGAGAGAGAAGCGUAAGGAUGGCGGUGUGACACGUGUGUGUGUGUGUGUGUGUGUGUGUGUGAGAGAGAGAGAGAGAGAGAGAGAGNGAGAGAGAGAGAGAGAGAGAGAGAGAGAGAGAGAGAGAGAGAGAGAGAGAGAGAGAGAGAGAGAGAGAGAGAAGCGUAGGGAUGACGGUAUUUGUGUCAUAAAGAGUCUUUCGAUUCACUAUUUUGCGGGUGGGUGAGGGCAUCGGGACUGGGAAGUCGCUAGAUUUGGGGUAGUAUUAAUUGUUACUGGCUUCCUGUGGGCCGAUCAGACGAUCUGACGAUCGCCGAUCGCCGAUCGCAUAUCGAUUAAUCGUACGGCAUACGGAAGGUUUCAGCGAUGGCGGGCGAACGACUCUUUGCUCGCCUGCUAUUACUAGUAUUUUUGCUCGUCGCGCAGCUGUCGGGGCUUCUAUUUUUGGAAAAGCAGCAGGCUAUGGUGGUCGCCUCUGAAUUGGCGGUAACAGCAGAUACCCCCAUUGCGGCCGUUGCACCGAAGGAUGCAGUGCCCGGCGAUUUACCCAUGCCCUUCACUUGCAAGACAACGACGUCCUGCAAAAUUAUGAUGAAUGCAUCAAAUGUGAAAUCCUAUAAUGGAAAGGACCGAGACAAGAUCAUCGUGGACAUCGCCGGCCAAGGACCUUGCUACUGGUCCAUCUCCCGUUUCAAUCGGGGUGACUUAUCGCCACGGUUGAGCCCCAGGCAUCCAUUUGCACAGCCAAACCUCGGAGUGCUGCCAACCGGAGACAAUGGUUUCGAGACUAGCGAUCCCAAGCAUUUUUCAGUACAGGCCUGGAAACCACAUGUAAAGAAGGGAGUGGUGCUGGUCUCUGUGGCACAGAAUGGAGAAUUGUGGCCGGACGGAGAAUCCUUCUUCUACGGAACCGCGGCCGCAGUGAUGGAAUCUUCCGGCUAUGGAUACAGCCUUGUUGAUGGUGGUUUCUCGGGCGAGGAAGCGGGUGCAAUUGAUGUGACUGUUGGUAAGGCGGGCCGUGAUGAAGAAGCCAACAUUGAUGUGGCCGUUGCCUGGUUUCCAUACAGUCAAGGUUGGGUGGGAGGCUAUGUCGACGCGCCGCAAGAGAUGUCUGCCAAGUGGAGCGAAGAAGGGUCGCACAGUCCGCAGCUGCCGACAGAUGUGAAGAAGCUUGUAAGCUUCAAUGAACUCGAAGGAGCAGAGAUUACCUUGCCGGGUGUGAAUGGACGCCAUGAUGGAAUGCUCUUCGUCACAUCGACAGAUCCUAGCCAUGGGAACAGUGCGGUGAACUUAGCGCAACUUUGUCCCGUAAAGAAGUUGAUUGGUGGUCACGUCAAUGGCCAUACGGGGCUCAAGCUUCAUGGUGAAGGAAAAUUCGAUGUGAAGCGUUUGGCAUUUGGGAUGUACGAGAUUACCAUCGAUUCUUCUCCGAAGACUGACGGGGAUGGGAUCUUGUUGUUGCAGGUAGUGGAUGAAGUGGCAAAGAAUAAGAGGGCUCCCAAAUGCUUCUUAUCUUACAAUUACACAAAGGCGGGCUCACUUAUUGUCGAGUCCCACGAAGUCGACUAUACUCGACCGCUCAAUGAUCAAUUCCCCUUCUGCGAGACAAGCUUCUACUUCAUGUGGGUCGACUUUCGGAGCCCGGUUUCGCCGCCGCAAAAUCUCGGGACAGGUGCGACUGACUCGCCCCAGGGAGAUUAUUUUGGAAUCGGCUUUUUCUUGGGAAUGGUGAUGACAGUGGCGAUGAUCGUCGCCUCCUACGUCGUCAUGAAGCACUUGUACAAUGCACCGCCCGGCCCAUCGAUGAUAGCCUUGGAGGAUAUCGGCGACGACGAGCUAGAGACUGGUCUGCUGGACAGCGUAGAUGCCAGCGAAAGAGAUCGAGACGCCGUGGCCUGACAGGCCAGAUGAGGCUUCUGGGCGGGCGGCGCACCUCGUCGGCGGGGGGAGAAGGGCAGCAAACGUAUCUCAACAGUUAUUGCCGUUGUUUUCUUCCCUGAAGUUCGUUCUCUUCAUCAUUAGCGGAUAUCAUUUAUCUUUCAGUUUUAACAAACAUGUCAUUUAUGUUUCAGUUGUAGCAAACAUGUGAUUUAUCUUUCAGUUGUAGCAAACAUGUCAUUUAUGUUUCAGAUGUAGCAAACAUGUUCAGGUAGUUGUAACAAAGGAGAGAGUAAGGGGCAGAGAGAUAGGAAGGUAGGAAGGAGAGGGAAGGAAUGGGAGGGAGAGGGAGGGAGAGGGAGGGGAGGGAGGGAAGGGGAGAGGGAGGGAAGGAAGGAGGGAGGGUGGAGAGGGAGGGGGGAAUGGAGCUGCCAAUGAAGUGGAAACAGAGAACCAAUCAGCAAUUCAUCAACAUAGGAAGGUAGGCAGGAGAGGGUGGAGAUGGAGGGAGGGAGGGAGGGAGGGAGAGCGAAUUAAUUGAGAAGGAAACUGCUAAUGAAGGGGAAGCAGAGAGGCAAGCAGCAAUUGAUUAGAAACAUAGAACCAACUAGCAAUUCAUCAAGAUAGGAAGCUAGGAAGGAGAGGGUGGAGAUGGGAGGGAGGGAGGGAGGGAGGGAGGGAGGGAGGGAGGGAGGAGGGGAGAUGGAGUUAGGCUAGAAGGAAACUGCUAAUGAAGAAGAAGCAGAGAGGCAAGCAGCAAUUGAUUAGAGACAUGCAUGGUUCAUGAAAGAGAGGAACGGAAGGAAGGAGACGUAAACGUGUGGGAGAUGGGCAAACAACGAAUGUAGACACAGAACAGCAGUAGUGUACAAAGGAGGCGUGAGUAGGUAGGUGAAUGUAAGAGCGAAAAGGAGCUGUGUCGAGCACAGAGGGAAAACUGGUCUGGCAGAGCUCCUGGAGUGCCUAGGGCCUUGCAGCAUGCUUUUGGUUCCUUGGGCCCAAUGGGCCAAAGCCGCCACAGGGCCCAGGCUGUCUCUGGAUGUCUGAUUCAUAAUUAUCGUAUUGCUUAUCGGUCCUGUGACUACGGCAUAGCUGUGUCAUCCGAGAACGGCAGCAGUCAACUUCUAUCCUAUCUCCUGAAUCUGUACUGAUCCCACAUUAAGGCCAGGUGCAUGCAGAUUUCACU